UGAAGCCUCAAACACACGUAUGUAUGUCUUGUCUUCUGCUACAGUACCAGUACAGUUGAACAGUACAGGGGACAAGAAUAGUACAGCGAUGACAAGCAUCUUGAAGCACAAGGCAUUACUGUCUGAUCAAAUUGGCAAGCCUCACAAUAACCACAAAUGCAUAGCGCCAGGUUGCCCGAGCAUCGGAGAGCGCAGACGUGUGCGCUAUUUUCGCCUCCCUUCAGAUCAACAAAGACGCAACCAGUGGCUGGCAAACUGUGAUCGUCAGGACCUCAAGGGCCACUCUGAAAAGAGCCUGUACACCAAAGUGAUGUGCCAGCUUCAUUUUCACGACUCGCAGUUCAUGAACGCACACACCUACCAGCGCCUAAUCUGGAAUGCUGUUCCAACACUGUUCGGCAAAGAUGUACGCAGGCUAGAAGACUUUGAGCCUAAAGAGGCAGCUGUGAGAGUGGACCACGCAUACACUGUUCCAUCGCCUGAAUUGCCACCAGCAUCAGUGGCAUUACCACCAGCACCUCUGGCACCAGCACCGCCAUUGGCUGACUCACUGCGUCACUAUGUAGCUCUCUGCGCUGAGCUUAAGAGCCAGCUGGCCGACAAGGACAGGCAACUGAAGGCCCUGGAGAAAUGCAGCGAUGGCAUUGUGGACGGUGUGAUCCGUCAUGUUAAAAUUUUGCCACCUGAGAAGCAGCAGCAGCUCGUCAGUGCUCUCAGUCCGUUUGUGAAGCUGAGCCAGGAUGAAGGCAGAUCUAAAGAGCCCAAGGUCCGUGUGGAAGUCCUUUUGAUAAGCAGGAAACAUCCAGGCCACACCCUGCUUGGCUUGCGCACCAGAUGCUCGUGGGCAAGGGGUCUCUACAUGGUUCCUGGGAACUUCUUGCACUUUGGUGAAUCUUGGGAGGCAGCAGCCGUACGUGCUGCAAAGGAAGAGACUGGCCUCGAUCUUGUCGAGCCACGUGUUUGCUCAGUGGUGGAGACGGUGCGAGCAUCUGAGGGAUACCACUGGAUCAACAUAUUCAUGGUGGGCAAGCUGGCCGAUCCAGCAGCCGAGCCGGCUGCGCCCAACGAGGCUGUAUGUACAGGGUGGCACUGGUUUGCGUGGGAUGCAUUGCCUGGUGAAGAGCUGCUUUUCUGGAGCCUGCGUGACUUGCGUCGUGAGAAUGUGCUUGAUUUAACUGCCUUCCAAUAGCCAAUAGCUGAAAUGUAUAUAUAUGUAAAAGAAAGUGAUCAGUGUAAAUAAUGUAAGUAAACUGUGAGUGUUGUACAUAGGUCGUACAGUGCCAAGAAAUACAGCUUUCCUUUUUUUUAUA